CGGUCAUUGAGGAACCUGAUGAGGCUGAUGACCUCCCCUUCGAUACCAGGCAAGCACAGCGCACACGAUCUCCAAGCCUCGCCAGUGAGGAGACGACAUCGUGUUCAGCUUCUCCCUAAGAUCAUUAAGGAAACAGAAGACGGUUCACAUACUGAAUCGUUUCAUCUUCGUCCUCUAUGCCACUUCCAUCCGCCAUUGGCGUGUAUGAGACGAUUUGGAGGAUCAGGGAGACCCAUUCUUAUUUGCUUGUUGAUCGGGACGAGGAUAGCCAUUUACUUAUCAGUUGCUUCAUUGUUAUUUGGUCGUGCGAUGGUAUCGCAUUGGGGUUUCGACAUUUUCCGCGUUUCUAUGGAAGGAUCUGAGAGGGAUAUGGAUUUGGGCCUACUUUCGGAACGGGUAGGAUCUUUACGGGCGCAGUAUAUGAGGCUUCAUGCAGUGGACAUGGAACAAAUAUCGCCAAGAGUAGUGAGAUGAAAGGUCGA